AUGAUUAUUUUACUUCUAUUUAUAUCGAUUCAUUCGAUUAAUAUUCAUGCAAGUCAUUUCAAUGGAGGUACUAUUACUUGGGCACCUAUUGAUCCUUAUGCUAAUUCUUCUUCAGUUGUCAUAACUAUUACACAAAGUUAUUCAUGGACUUAUCCUACUGUGUCCUGUACAACAAAUGUUCCAGUCUCAAGUGGUAAAACAAAUGCAAAUCUUACAUGCAUCGCUAAUUGUUCAACUGAUGGUGGCUAUUCAAGUGCACCUAUCGAAAUUCUAACUGAUUGUACUUCUUAUAGUUCUACAUUAGGCACAGUAUCAAGUGAACGAUCAGUCAAUAUUACACUUAAUACUGGUGCAUAUUUUUAUAUAGCAUAUACAGGAAGUGCUUGGAGAAAUUUGUAUGCUACUUCAACAAGUGGUCUUGAUUGGUCUAUUGUAUCUUUAAUUGAUCUUCGCUUACGAUCUGAUGGUAUAAUUAAUACUCCACCAGUAGCAGAUGUUCUUUCACCUCAAUAUGUUAUUGUAAAUACAACAACUCUCAUUGAUAUACCUACAUCAGAUAUCAAUACAGGUGAUGAUGUACGCUGUCGAUGGGCAGUCGAUAAAAGUAAUGAAUCAAUUAAUGAAUGUAGUAAUAUAUGUUAUCCAGGUGGUUUACCAAAUGAUACAACUCUAUCCAAUUGUACUAUUUCAUUUACAGGACUAGUAGCUAAUAAAUGCUAUCCUAUUGCUUUACAGGUAGAAGAUUUUAUCAAUGAAACAAGUACGGAACCAAUGAGUUCAGUACCAGUUCAGAUUUUAAUUUGUGUUGAACCAACACCAUCAUGUACAAUAUUGCCUACCAUUGUUUCUAUGACAGAUUGUUUAGAAGUUCAAGUUGGUGUAACAACAAAUUUUACUCUAUAUGUAACAAAUUUAUGCAAUUCCAGUGCAACAAUCACUGAAGUUAUUAUAUCAAAAAAAAUUUCUGGUAUGACAGCUGGUAAUGUGAAAAAUUCGACAACCAAUACAUUAUCAUAUAUACAAUUAACUUGGACACCACAAUCUAGUCAAAUUGGAACACAAGUCAUGUGUGCAUAUGCAUAUAAUAGUUUAUUGGUACGUUCAACACAAUAUUGUGUAACAUUCACAGUCACAACAUCAUCUCCAAGUUGUCCGACAACAACGAUUGCUGCAGUUUCAACAACAAUAGUAACAACAACAAAUAAAAAUAAUAAUGGCACGAAUAUUGCACUGAUUGUUGGUUUAUCAUUGUUAGGAUUAUCACUAGCAUUAUGUUGUUGUUGUUGUUGGCUAUAUCACUUUUUCUGGGGUGCUGCAGGAAGACGUCGUCGAGGAGGAAAACAACCAGAAGAAAGGAUUCGACAACAAAAAUAUUCACAGAUGCUACCAUCUUUCAUUACUCGAACUCUUUUAUUCAAGAAAUUGAACAACAAUUAUUUAUUUCGCCAGCUGUCAAACAAUCAAGAUAGUACAGGUAGUCUUCGUUUAAGUGCACCAACAUCAUUCUUAAGCACAUCCAAAAAUCAAGUAUCUUUUGCUACCAGUGAAAAUGAUAGAAACUAUAAUAUAGAUCAAUCAUUUGUCAAUGAAAGUAUUCGUCAAAAUGCAUCAUACCAUCAUAACACAAGUGUUACUAAAGUUCCUCGAAACAAAGUAUCAGCGAUUUCCAAUACUACACAACUCAAUGAUAAUCAAACAAAAGAUAAACGUAAUACUAUUAAUACAACUAUUAGUACAAUUGGAAAUAUAGCUAUUGAAGAUGCGAAUGCAUCAAAAUCUUAUAAUGAACCUAUACAUGUUGUUAAACUAAAUGGAGAUGAAACAUCAUCCAUUCGAAAAUCUCAAAUAAUCAAAGUGAAUUCUUCUGCAGCUGAAAGCCGACGACGAAGUCGUUCGAUCAAUGUACGCAUUGGUAGUCAACCAAUCACAGGAACACACUCAUCAAAAACUAGUUCUGUUACUGUUGCUCGAGUGAGAAGUUUCUCUCACAACAAUAAAUCAAGAAAAAGUAAUGGAAUGACUAUGUUCCCUGACGAUGAUGGAAAACAUACAAAUAAGAAAAAAAAUGCUACUUCAGUUGCACAUCGAAAGUCAAAAACUCGAUCACAUAAAUCAAAACAUCGAAAAAUUAAUGUCCAUGUCAUGAAUUAA